CUUGGAUCUUAGUCAAUCAAAUUCCAUAUCUAAAUUUCUCUUUGAAGCGUUUCAUCAGUAAGUAACCUUGCUCGUACACAGUCAAUGGCUUUAUCUUCUAGGAUGUUCAGCCAUAUUCCGGCCCAAAACGACGCCGUCCGCCCAAACCACCACCGGAACUGCGGUUUCUCCAUUAUCGGAUCUCACCAAGAAGCCGUAUAUCUUGAUCAUCCAUCGACGAAGAACUCAACGGCUCGGUUCGCCAAAUCGAUCUCGAACUUUUUCCACCUUCAAAUCGAAACUCCGGCCAGGGCUGCCGUCGCUGCAGAAAAUCUGAGCCGUGUCUCGAACUGGGAUUCUUUCCCUGAAGAGAAACACUCGACCCCGACGACUUCCCCGAAGGAGGUAAUCGCCGAAAAAUGGCGGGAAAUCCAUGGGUUCAACGAUGGUUGGGAGAAUGCUCUUGAUCCGCUUCACCCUUGGUUGAGGCGAGAAAUUGUCAAGUACGGGGAGUUCGCUCAGGCUACUUACGACGCUUUUGAUUUUGACUCGUUCUCGGAGUACUGCGGGAGCUGUAGGUAUAACGCACGCAACCUGUUCGACAAAUUGGGUCUGACCAGAAAUGGAUAUAAUGUGACUAAGUACAUCUAUGCCAUGUCGUCACACAUCGAUGUCCCGAGUUGGCUCCAGAGAUCCCAUUUGGUGGAUGCUACAUGGAGUAAGGACUCCAAUUGGAUGGGAUAUGUCGCAGUCAGUGACGACGACGAGUCGCGAAGGAUUGGUCGGAGAGACAUCGUCGUGGCCUGGCGAGGAACAGUGGCACCUUCUGAAUGGUACGAAGAUUUUCAAAGAAAAUUGGAGCCAAUUGGGAGCAAAGAGGCGAAAGUGGAACAUGGGUUUUUAAACAUAUACUCAUCUAAGAGCGAAUCCACAAGGUACAACAAGUCUAGUGCUUCGGAACAAGUAAUGAAAGAAGUGAAAAAGCUUGUUGAAAUGUACAAACAAAAGGGUGAAGAAGUUAGUGUCACCAUAACCGGCCACAGCCUCGGUGGCGCUUUAGCUCUUCUAAACGCAUACGAGGCUGCAGCAACUCUUCCGAGGGAGGUUCCAGUCAGCGUAAUCUCCUUUGGAGCGCCGAGAGUUGGGAACCACGCAUUCAGAGACGAGCUUCAUGACAUGGGCGUUAGAACACUGCGAGUCGUUAUCAAACAAGACAUGGUUCAUAGGAUGCCGGGGCUUGUUCUGAAUGAGAGUUUGGAGAAGCUUGAGGACAUUACAGGGACUCUUGAAUGGGUUUAUACUCAUGUAGGAGCUGAGUUAAAGCUGGAUGUGAAGUCAUCUCCUUACUUAAAACAGGGAAUAAAUCUUGUUGGGUUUCAUAGUUUGGAGACUUACUUGCAUCUUGUGGAUGGUUUAAUGAGUCAUACGACACCGUUUAGAGACAAUGCUAGGAGGGAUGUUGCAUUAGUGAACAAGGGAUGUGAUAUGUUAGUUGAUAAGCUUAGAAUCCCACAAUGUUGGUACCAGUUAGCUCAUAAAGGACUUGUUUGUAAUGAUCAUGGGAGAUGGGUUAAACCCAAAAGAGAGGUUGAGGACAUUCCUUCACCUUUGGGAGAAGCUCAUCAAGCUGAUAGUCAUACUCAUUCCCUUGAUGUGGCUUUGCAAUCGGAUAAUAAUGUACAAUUUCAACCUUUGUUUGGUGCUUGAAAUAUAUAUACAAAUACUCAAUUUUUUUUUACA